UUAGCUGAGCGGUUGGAGAGAUAUUUCGGAAAAGUCAUUGUGGUCGACAUAUCAAAUGAACGCUUAGAUAGCCUCAAAAUGAGGAUUCCGUCCGUUCAAACAAUGAAAGUCAAUUUGGCAGACUGGCACGAAACGCGAAAAGCCGUCAAAUCUUUGUUGCCAGUCGAUAUGCUCGUCAACAGCAUGCAUAUUUCCGAAGCAACGCCAUUUACGCAAAUCACAGAAUCGACUUUUGAUAAAGUAUUUGGAAUCGAUGUUAAGGGAAUAUUUGGUAUAACGCAAGUUAUCGUCGACGAUCUCUUGAAACGAAAUCAAUCGGGCUCCAUAGUGAAUAUUUCCUCUAAUCCUCAUCAAUCCUCUGAUCAUGUCCUGCAGAACUUGUCCAAAGAAACUGUCGCAGCUUUUACGAAAGAGUUAGCCGAGGACGUGGAGUCGCGUAAUAUUAAAGUAAACAGUAUCAGUUCUGGUGGAUACGUCUGUAAUGAGUCCCAUCCGCAAACGGAGUGUGUUGAUUACGUACAGAGGUCCGUUCAUCCAUCUGAUGUGGUCGAUGUUGUAAUUUACUUGUUAAGCGAUCGGUCCAAGAAGAUCAAUGGACACUGCGUCACAGUAAGAGGAUAAUUUACAGAAGAUUGCUUGCAAAAAAAGAUCGCAUUUUUUCUAAGAAGCAAAUUACCACAUUUAAGGUCCUAGAAGACCGUAUUUCUGUUCUGGAUGAAAUCUUAUAAUUGUGUCCAAAAAAAAUAAACACUUCGUUAAA